AUGGAGGAAGAAGAAGACCCAACAGUUUCCGCCCUAAUCACAGACCUAGAAGAAACCCUAAACACUCAAAACCCACAAUCACUUCUUUUGCCUCUCCCAACCCUCCAAAAUCUCCAAUCUCUCUUAGAUUCAAAUGACCCAGAAAUCCUUUCUCAAUUCCUCUCCAAUCUCUCCUCUAAAUCCUUCUCUUUGUCUUCUCUUCUUGCCCCUCUCACUUUCGCAAUGGACUCAGGCCCCACACAUCUUUCCCUCCUUUCCUCCGAAAUUUACCUUUCUCUUAUUCUUUACCCAAAUUCCCCAGUUUUCACUCUUUUCAAUCCAAUCUCUUUUCUCUCUCUACUUCGCUCGCUUCGCCGGGCUCUUAAGCCCCCUCGCUCCUCCUCCUCGGACCCACAAGAAGGAGAUUCUUUGGGUUCCAGCCGAGGGGUUAAGAAGAGAAAAGGAACAAAAAGAGGACGAACUGUCGCGUGCAAUCAUGGAGGUAGUGAUGGAGAUGGGGACGAGAGAGGGGAGAGUGAUGGUUCUUUUGAUACGAGAGUGUUUUUGUGUGUUAUGGAGAGGUUGGUAUUGGUUUUAGACUUGAUUCAUUUGAAUAGGUUUCCUGAUAGUUUGAAGUCUUUGGUUCAAACUAUAAUGGAAGUUCUGGUUUUGUCUUCUAGUAGGGAAAUGGGUGGAGGGUUUGAGAGACUGGCGGGUUUGUGUUCGAGGAUUUUGUGUCAAGUGUUGAAGUCUGAGCAUGGAGAGGAAGGAGAGACAGCGGCAGAGGUUUUGAAGGUGUUAGGGCCGUUGAUUUUGAUGGGGAAAUCGCAAGCUAGGAGCUUUGCUUUGGAUGAUGCGGUUAAGAAGGCAGUGGUGAAUUUGCCGCGGUAUUUGGCUCAAAAGGCGCCAGAGAAGGCAGAGCCUAGAGGGUUUGCAGUGGAGGCGAUAAUAGAGGUUGUUAGAGCAAUGGACUUAGAGGAUCAAGUUGGGUUUGUUGAGUAUGUGAUGAAAAUGACUCGAGGGAAGGCCAAUCUUAGGCUCUUGGCAGUGGAUUUGAUUUUGAAUUUAAUGAUGGAGUUAAAAGAUCCGUUUGUUGGGAUGGAUUCGGAUUGUGAAGUGAAGGAUUCGUGGGGUUUUAAAUGCGUGGAUGCAUUGAUUCAACGUUGCUCGGAUUCGAGUUCUGGAAUUCGAGCUCGUGCUUUGUCUAAUUUGGCUCAUUUAGUGGGGUUUUUGUCGAGUGAUGAUAAGAAUCGCGAUGUUUUGAAGGAAGUAAUGGGGUUUGGAGAAGUGGAGGUGGAAGGUGGGGUAAAUUAUAUUUUGGGGAAACGGUGUAUGGAUGAGAAGGCAAAUGUUAGGAAGGCUGCACUUGUUUUGGUCACCAAGUUGACUGCUCUUUUGGGUGGCAAUUUUGAUGGAGUCGUGCUCAAGACCAUGGGCAUGGCUUGUUCUGAUCCACUUGUAAGCAUCCGUAAAGCCGCAAUUUCAGCUCUGUCAGAGGCUUUCAGAACAUUUUCAGAUGAAAGCGUGAUUAUUGAGUGGCUACAUUCUGUUCCACGUUUAAUAACAGAUAACGAAACUAGUAUUCAAGAAGAGUGCGAGAACUUGUUCUUGGAACUGGUUUUGGAUCGCAUUUCCAGGGCAGGAUCUGAAAGUAUAAUACAAAACCAGUCAACUUUCUUUGAUUCCAAUGUUAAAGAGAAAGGUAUAGAGAGGGAGAUUGAGUUGCUGUUUCCAGAAGGAGUCUUGGUUCUUUUGAAAGAGAUCUGCAAUGGAGAGGUGACACCUUGGGUGAAGAAAAUCUGCACAAGCUUGGGUAAGAAGAAACGACUGAAGCCUAAAAUUGCUAUAGCACUACAGAAUAUCAUAAAGACAUCUGAGUCUCAUUGGGUGGGCAAUUCCAUGCCGAUGGAGAAGUGGACAGCCCCACCUGGUGCUUGGUUUCUUCUAUCAGAGGUUUCAGCGUACCUUUCAAAAACUGUUGACUGGGAGUUUCUCCAUCAUCACUGGCAGCUCCUGGACAAGUACAGAGCGGCAGGUGAGUUUAAGAGUCCAUGUCCUAAAGAAUUUAUGCAUGAAGAUGAAGAUGGCAUAGAAUCCAAUUCUGUUGCAUGGGCUGGGGAUCGUGUUUUUCUCCUUCAAACAAUCUCGAAUGUUUCUGUUGAGCUGCCCCCUGAACCUGCAGCAGAGUUAGCUCAUAACUUGCUCAAAAGAAUUGAAGACUUCAGCAUGCAUUUAACAGAGGUUAAUGCUCAUGUUAAAGCACUCAGAACCUUGUGCAAGCGGAAGGCUUUGAAUGCCGAUGAGGCUGAGAUUCUUGUCAACAAAUGGGUACAGCAGCUUUUCUCUAAAGCUUCUCGGAUUUUGGAGAAUUACAUCACAGGGGAUUCAGAAGUAAACAAGGAGAAUACUUUCUUCACACCUCCGAGAAGUGUGAGUAGGAAGGGCAAGAGAGCUGCGGCCCUAUCUAGAUUGUUGUCAGAAGCAGUAACUGCAGUUUAUUCCAUUGGGUCUUUGGUUAUCAUUUGUCCCACAGCUCAUACUAGCACCAUUAUUCCUCUACUACAUACCAUCAUCACUUCAGGAAAUUCUGAUCCAAAAUUGAGUAAAUUGCCGGGCCCUAAAGUCUCUCUGAAACUGAAAGCUCCCACUUUGUACAUUCAAGGAUGGUUGACAAUGGGAAAGAUUUGCUUAGCAGAUGAGGAACUUGCAAAAAGAUAUAUUCCUCUGUUUGUGCAGGAGCUUGAAAAGAGUGACUGUGCAGCUCUUCGAAACAACCUUGUUGUAACGAUGGCUGAUUUUUGCGUUCGCUAUACUGCUCUAGUUGAUUGUUAUAUAUCAAAGAUCACCAAGUGUCUCUGUGAUCCAUGUGAACUUGUGAGGAGGCAGACAUUUAUACUGCUCUCAAGAUUGUUGCAGAGGGACUAUGUGAAGUGGAGGGGAGUGCUCUUCCUUCGAUUUCUUUUGUCGCUUGUUGAUGAGUCAGAAAAGAUAAGACAACUGGCUGAUUUUCUCUUUGGGAAUAUUCUAAAAGUCAAGGCACCGCUUCUAGCUUACAACAGUUUUGUGGAAGCUGUUUUUGUUCUGAAUGACUAUGAUGCCCAUAAUGGGCUUUGUGGUUCUAAAACUUCACAAACAGAGAACCAUUUAUUUUGCAUCAGGGGUAAUGAUGAAAAUUCAAGGUCCAAAAGAAUGCACAUCUAUGUUUCUUUGCUGAAACAAAUGGCUCCUGAGCACCUCUUGGCGACAUUUGCAAAGCUGUGUGCUGAGAUUCUUGCAGCUGCAUCAGAUGGCAUGCUCAAACUGGAAGAUAUCAGGGGACAGUCUGUUCUGCAGGAUGCUUUUAAAAUUCUUGCAUGCAAAGAGAUCCGAAUCCCAUCAGGUCGUGGAUCACAGACUGAUGCAGGAGAUGUAGAGGAAGAAAGUGGAGAUGGUGGAGCCUCUGCAGCAGCUGCCAAGGGAGCGGCCAUAACUCAAGCAGUGAAGAAGGGUCUUAUUCAAAAUACCAUCCCCAUCUUUAUAGAGCUCAAACGACUACUGGAAAGCAAGAACAGCCCACUUACAGGUUCCCUCAUGGAAUGUCUCAGGAUUAUUCUCAAGGACUACAAGAAUGAGAUUGAUGACAUAUUAGUCGCUGACAAACAACUUCAGAAAGAGCUUAUUUACGACAUGCAAAAAUAUGAAACAUCCAAGGCAAAAUCAAUAGCUUCCGAGGUUGUUGCCACCAUGCAAAACCAUAGUAGCUUUCUUUCACCUGGGGCUUCUAAGCCUGCAAGUGGAACAAAAGCACAUAAUAACUUUACUGAAAAACAGCAAAGCGAUCCAAGAGUGGCGUCAGCUAUGGCAAAUGCAGUUGCUGAAGUUAGAGUCAGGUCUGUGCUUAGAGAAGUUGACAGAGGAAUAGCAACACCUCCUCUUAGUUCCAUUAGUAGGCCUAAAAUCAAGACAAAACGGGAGGGUACUGCCACUGGUGCUCGAACUGAUCGACCUACUCAUGUAUUAGAAUCGCUGAGAAGGAGAGAGUGUUUUAAUUCUGAUGAUGAAAACUGA